AGCAAGACUUCAAUCUAUUUCAGGAAGCUCUUGCCUUUGUAGUCAUCAUUAUUUUUAACAACAACAACAACAACAAAAUCAACAACAGACAACCAUCUAACCGAUCUGUUCACAGAAGAGCUCAAUGGAAGAACUCAGGGCUGCUGCGAAAGUGCACUACCGCGAUAACAGUAUCUUCAAGAAGGCCAUCCAAGCGAUCAACGAACGCGUCGACUCUCAGUUCGACAACUGGGUGGAUUACCGAACUUUUGUGACCCUGGUUGAGGAGAGGUCGCGGCGCUGCACUUCCGAGGCCCUGUUCCGCCAGCUGGACAGGGGCGGGAAGCGCCAUCUUGACCAGGAUGACAUACGCAUGCUGUACUAUCUGAUGGACACGAGAGGCGACUGCUCUCACUGCAAGUCGCCAAACAACCCGACUUUCAACGUCUGCACUGCUUGUUAUCGUGCCAAGGCCUUCAACCACCCGCACCAUAAUGUUUUCGUGGACAAUUACAAGUUGCUGCAAAGGAGGAGAUUCCAACAACGGAACUGGGAGGAACUCCGACAAUCAGCGGUACAAGGCGCCGCGACUGGGUUGUUAGUUGGAGCAACAAAAGAAGGAUACAAGGAGAGCGAGGCAAUAGCUGAACAAUUCAAUGGACUGAUAGGAAUGGCUGGUGAGCAAGCUCCGGAGGCCGGUGUGAGCGAAGCCCCGGGCCUCCUCGACCCUGGCUUCGAUUCAGUGCAGGGAGCCAUCACUGAGACAGGGAAUGGAUUGGCAGACACAUUCACGGACAUUAUCAGCUUCUUUUUGCAAUAGGAUACCCACAUCUGGCUUCUCCUCCUUGGAGACUUUUUUUUUAUUUAUGUUCUUCGAAUAACUGUUUCCUUGAACUUUUCCGGUGAAAAGCAAUGGAAUUGGCAAGUCUAAACUCUUUAUUCUACCUUGACAUUUUUGCA